CCGCAACCUUAUAACCUGGACUUAUUUCCCGGCAGACCACGACGUGCCUUGAUUCUAGAUUCCGAUUUCUUGCAUUUCUCUCACGACAAAAAGGAGCCGAUUGAAAAUUUCGAACGGGACGCUGGAUAACCUCGAUUCGAAAAGCAGACGAGAAGGGAUACAGAGCGGCGCGCAUGUGGCGGUGUACUCGAAGACAUGGUUAAGCGCUUUCAUCAGAAAAGGGGCAGCGAUGAUGACACGGUAGCGUUGACGGCCAUCGACACAGAACAACAAUCGACAAAUUCGGAACCAGAGUACGAGUACAAGCAGGUGAAAUGGAAGGACUUCGUGACGAAGAAGAAGUAUAUACCAUGGUGGAUUUUGUUCAUUGUGAUCAGUGUCCUGGUGGGGUUGAUGUCAUUGUAUCACGAUAAAAUUGUCGAUGCAUUAAAACCAGCAUCGACGAAGAUUAAAGAUUUACCGGCGGGUUUCCUCAUACCAGUAGCAAUUCUUAUCAUCCUUUCCUUCCCGCCUUUAUUCGGCCACGAAAUUAUUGCUCUCCUUUGCGGUGUUGUAUGGGGAUUGUGGAUUGGAUUUGCUAUUGUUGCGGCAGGAACGUUCUUAGGAGAAGUUGGAACGUGGUUUGCAUUCAAAUACGCAUUCAGAAGAAAGGCCGAAAAGUUAGAGAAAACAAAUCUCAAUUACGCAGCUUUAGCACGCGUCACCCGCGAUGGUGGCUUUUGGAUUGUCCUCGUAAUCCGCUUCUCCAUCAUCCCCUCUCAUUUCUCGACCGCAGUAUUCUCCACCUGCGACGUCAACUUCUGGUUCUUCGCCAUCGCCACCUUCCUCACCCUACCCAAGCAAAUCAUCCUCGUCUACGUUGGCGUCCUCCUAACAGAACAAAACACGAACAACACGCUCAAUUAUCUAGUUGCGGGCGGCGCUUUCAUCAUCACGGUCUUUGCCGGAUGGUACAUUUAUUCGAAGAUGCAGAAAGUGAAGAAAGUUUUGCUGGAAGAGCAGGAUGAGAGGAAACGCGCGAAGUUGGAAGCUGCUGCGCCCGCCCCUGCGCCUAUGCAACCGAUGCAGCCUAUGUAUUCGCAGCAAACCGGUAUUGCGUAUUAAAAAGAAAAUUGGGAGGUUAGAUUUGGCGUUGGGUAGGGUCGGCCGCUCUGAGAUGAGCUGGCAUAAGUCCUGACGCGAAGAAGUCAGCGGUCAGGCAACGGCCGUUCCGGCUGCACUGUUUAUAGACAUUCACGAGUAUAGCAGCAUUGCUGGCGUUUGGGUUGGCAUUUGGAGUGUACUGGUACUUGGGAUGGGGUGGUUGUAUCGUACGAGCGAUUUUGGCUUUGGCAUCGGAAUCGGGCCUUCUGUACUAAUAAUGUACAUGAUUUGAUGAGCAUACGAUUCAA